GUAAAACGUACCCCGGAAGUGAGAAGUGACACGUACCAGCAAAAAUGGCGUCUGCAACAUACCGGUAAAAACUGUCAAAAUCUUUAUUUUUCACCGCAAAAUCUUUGAUAUAUCUGGCUACAUGUAACAGAUAAGCUCGGGAUUUGGAGAUCAGGUCUGCCUGAAAAUGUUUUGGCUGCUUCUUGCCUUGAGAAUUCUAGCCGGCGUCUCAGAAUGCCAAGGCAAGACGGUGAGGGGAAUCUUUAGUUCUGAAAGAGCUAAGGAAGAGAAGGGGCAACAUCUUACAAGCUUCUGGUUCUACGGAGAACCCACCCUUAUCCAGUACAAGUUGAAUGCCACCGUCACCUCAGAUGGCAGACUGUACCUGUACAGGGAAGAUGACUGGAGGGAUGCAGCAGACAAACUCACCUGUUUUGACAAGAUCUCAGCAGCCAGGCUGUCAUUUGAGCUUGUUUCAGCAGAGGCCAACUUCACAUUUUCCAGUGUCAGUCCUGAUCUGUGGCACGUUGUGUAUGCAGAACUCAGUACAUGUCAGACGGGGUCGUUUGUAGGACAACCCAACACCAUCCAGUACCAACUCCGACUGUUCAACCCUGACAGGGAGGGCAAUCCGUUCGACCACUUCAGUACAGGGGAAGGAGGUCUUCUCCUGUUCUACCAGUUUGUAGUGCUGGUGUAUUUUAUCCUCACCUGCAUCUAUGGACCUCAACUCUGGCAGACUAUUAGUAAGGAAGGACCCAUGUACUUGGUUCUGAAGCUCCUGACGUUGGCCACUUCUCUGCAGUUCUCUGCCUCACUAUUUAACAUGUUGCACUAUCAGAGGUACAGCAAGGAUGGGGAGGGGUCGCCUUUCUUUCUCAACUUGUCUGAAAUGCUAGAGGUCCUUUCUGCACUGGUGAUGCUGUACAUGCUGCUGAACGUGGCCAUGGGAUGGACACUGGCAGGGUCAAAAGCCACCAAACUGUCCAACCUGAAGAACAACCCCAUUGUAACAAUAGUUGUGCUGGGACUGGGUGCUGUUCAGGCUGUCCUGGCACUGUGGGAACAGUUCCAGUCCUCAGAACACCAGACGUACCACGCACACAGAAGUGCUGUCGGUCUGUCCUUAGUGGUGCUGAGACUGGUGCUAGCUCUCGUGUUUGGAGGAGCCAUCUACCAAACCAUGUCCAAGGAGAGGAGCAGCCUCAGGAGAGAUUUCUACCUCAGUUUUUUCAAGAGCUGUCUGCUGUGGUUCCUAAGCUACCCAGUGAUCGUGGUUAUAGCAUAUUUGUUUCCUGGUCAUCUCAGGAACAAGAUUGUAACAAGCGGAGUAGUUAUAUGUGAGUCUUUAGCGGUGGUCCUACUCUAUAAACUGUUCCUGUCCCGUAGCCUGUACUGGGAAGUCUCCGCCCUGUCAGCACUCUCUCUGCCUCUCCGGAUGGACAGGAGCUUUAACAAGAAGAACUACUCCUAAAAUAUCUGAAUCCUUCAAACUUUAUUGUUCAAAAGUAAAAUGUACAUAGGUUGUAGGGGGAGCACCGCGUGCUUGUCCCUGAAUAGAGUACAAAUUGUCACAUUAUUUCCUAAACGUACAGUGGACCAUAAAGAAAGCUUACUAAUUAUUAUUAUAACUAACAUACAAAAUGUAAAACAAAACAUAUAGUCCUGAUGAGCUUUCCUGUAAAACAAACGUUAAGUACACAAAGAAAGGAAAAGUACUAAAUGUCACUAUUUUUGUACACUGAACGACAUAAGCUGUUAAUCUACAAUGAUAUUCUAUUGACAUUGAAAACAGAGCUUGUAUUUUUGCUCAUAUCAAGGGAGCCAUUAGAUGGAAACUGUCCAUGUUGUUCUGUCUCAAAAUACUGGCUAUUGUACUAUAGUAUUGAAGUAUCAUUAGCUGUUGAUAACCUGGG